AUGGCUCCUAAGCACCUGAUCGCCGUGGCCCUUGCGGCCGCGCUGGCUGUGCGCGCUGAGCCUGAACAAACCCCUCCCCCCUGUGCUGCUGGGGAGGUGCGUUUCGAAGGCCGCGCGACGUUUGAUGAAAACGAGAGGCCAAGACGUCUGUCUCGUGACGCUGUGCUGACGAUUGAUGUGUCUGAAGAGGUGGCAUCUGGCGAAGAGCCAAAGGCCCCAAUCUACACGCACACCAUUCCCCUCGAGCAGUACACUCCAGAGUCCGAGAUCCCCUAUUCUUUCUGCGCCGACAUGCAGAAGCUUGACGCCCAGAAGAUCUCACUCAAGGCCCGCAUCUUGGAUGCAAGCGAGGAAGACAGAGUUGAGUGCAUUGGGGAAACCGUAGUCACAGCGGGAAGCGACAGCUACGAGGCGGACCUGACCCUGGCCAAGGUGGACAGCGGCAGCAGCAACGGGGAGCUUUCUGUGGCCGACUGCAACUUUACGCAGCUAUCUGAAGACGUGUCUGGCAUCGCUGUGAAGGCUGCAGUGGAAAUUAAAGCUCCCCGUUCCCUGCCCAAGCCCACAUACUUGGUGGUCACUCUGCGCGAGACAGACCCAGACACCGGAGCGCCCGAGGUUAUCUCUCUCUUCGCCGGAGAUAUCAGUGCGAUCUACGUGCCUCAGAAGCCAGUUCCCGCCUUCCUCUGCGCAAAGGUGCCAACUGCUCCAGAAGAAUCCGUCAAGUAUACCAUUGAGGCCGCAGUUCAUGUGGGCUGGGACGGCUACACCAACGCCCAGGAGGAGGAGCGCACCCCCAGGAAGGGCGACUUGGUCACAAGCGAGCCCAUUGAGGUGCAAGUCAACCCGGAGCAGCAAGACUACACUGUCACUGUCAACGUCACGCCCUACGAGCCCCGGCAGUAG